AUGAGAUGUACUUCCCCUCUCUCUUUCUUUGUGGCUUCUAGGUGCAGGAUGGACAUAGGUGCCUGUUUUCGCUACUACUUUCAGCACCCGUGGUCGCGUCUCAUCGUGGCCUACCUCGUCACAUUCUUCAACUUCCUCAUCUUUGCCGAGGACCCCGUCUCCCACAGUCAGACAGAGGCCCACAUUAUUGUGGUGGGCAACUGCUUCUCCUUCCUGUUCAACAAGUACCCAGGCCUCGGGUGGAACGUCCUGAAAGUGAUGUGCUGGACGCUCGCCAUUAUCACUGGCCUGUUAGCUGGGAAGUUUAUAUUCCACCGCCAGCUCUUCGGUCGAUAUCUGCGACUGAAGAUGUUCCGCGAGGAUCACGGCUCCUGGAUGACCAUGUUCUUCAGCACUAUCCUCUUCCUUUUCAUCUUCUCACACAUCUACAACCUUUUCCUGCUGAUGGCUGGAAGCAUGGAGCCUCACAUGGUGACAGAAUACAUGGGCAUCAGGAAUGAGAGCUUUAUGAAGAUUGCUGCCGUGGGGACAUGGAUGGGAGACUUUGUGACUGCUUGGAUGGUGACAGACAUGAUGCUCCAGGACCAGCACUACCCAGAUUGGGGCAAAGCUGCAAGAAGGUUCUGGAAACAAGGCAACAAUAGGAUUGUCCUCUUCUGGACGGUGCUCAUCUCUCUAACCUCUGUGGUGGUUCUGGUCAUCAGUACCGACUGGAUCAGCUGGGACAACCUGAACCGAGGCUUCCUGCCCAGCGACGAGGUCUCCAGAGCCUUCCUAGCCUCCUUCAUCUUGGUCUUCGACCUUCUCAUUGUCAUGCAGGACUGGGAGUUUCCUCAAUUCAUGGGUGACCUGGAUAUGAAUCUGCCUGGAAUGUCAACAACACACGUGAAGGUCAAGCUUCCUGUCUGCAAGCGCAUCUUUAAAGAGGAGUACCACAUUCAUAUCACAGGUAAGUGGUUUAAUUAUGGGAUCAUCUUUCUUGUGCUGAUUCUGGACCUCAACAUGUGGAAAAACCAGAUCUUCUACAAGCCCUACGAGUAUGGUCAGUAUGUGGGGCCCGGGGAAAAGAUCUACACAGUAGAGGAGCCUGAAACCCUCAGAGACUUCAACCACAGCACACUCACCUACGAGUGGCGCUCCACCACCGUCAAUGUCAGAACAAACGCGACCUACGUGGAACGGGACAUGUUCCUCCACAGCCGUUACAUUGGGGCCAGUCUGGACAUCAAAUGCCUGGCCUUUAUCCCGAGCCUAGCGGCGUUCGUCCUGUUUGGCUUCUUCAUCUGGUUUUUUGGACGAUUUCAGGACAGCGAGACUUUUACAGAGAAUCAGGACAAUACGUAUGAGAGGAUUAAGAAGAAGUCUCCUUCAGAGUACAGUAAGGAGAUGGGCGUGACGCCUGAAGAAAUGCAUGCAACAAUGAGCGAGAGCCUAAAACAAUCGGGAACACCAAUGCUCCUGUCAGUAGAUGGUCCUCACUUCGGAGCUACACCCUCUACUAACUCGACCAUUUCAAUAGAAACCCAAGAGACACAUUCAAGUGUUGUGAUUGACUGCGCAACACUGGAUGAGCCAGCAGUCUUUUUUGAUAUUCACAAACUGUCUCCAUGA